AAACAGACCCUUCUCUCUCCUUACUUCAUGUAGCUUCAACUUACCCGAGUCAGAACCCAUAACUCGUUAGCUUCAACUCAGAACUCGACUCGCUCGAGUCCAAAAGAAACCCAUCUCGCUCUCUCAUGGCCAAUCGCCAUCCUUCCGAGGCUCCCGCCGCCGACGACUUCCUCGAGCAAAUCCUCGGCCUCCCGAACUUCGCCUCCGCCGACUCUACCCUCGCCGGAGGAACCGGCGCCUCCUCUCUCGCCGCCGCCGCCGCAGCUGCAGCUGCUGCUUCUCCAGCGGCGCCGAUGAUGCUUCAGCUAAGCUCUGACGACGCCUCCGCCGCGUACCUCGUCGGAGCCACCGCAGGUGGUGGUUUCCACCCGCCUCCGGUGUACGAGCUUGGGCUGAGCCUGGAGCAAGGGAAUGGAGGAGGGUUCUUGAAGCCUGAGGAUGCUUCUGGAAGUGGAAAACGGUUUCGUGACGACGUUGUUGAUGGAAGAGCUAAGAAUGUUUUCCAUGGGCAGCCCAUGCCUACAACUGUUCCCGCUGCUCCACAUCCACCAGGAAUGCGCCCUCGGGUGCGGGCUCGUAGAGGUCAGGCUACAGAUCCACACAGCAUAGCUGAAAGGCUGCGCAGAGAAAGAAUAGCUGAAAGGAUCAGGGCCUUGCAAGAACUGGUUCCCAGUGUUAACAAGACAGAUAGAGCUGCUAUGCUGGAUGAAAUUGUGGAUUACGUCAAGUUCUUAAGGCUUCAAGUGAAGGUCUUGAGCAUGAGUAGGCUGGGCGGUGCCGGUGCAGUGGCUCCAUUAGUAACCGACAUCCCAUUAUCAUCAGUCGAGGAAGAAGGCGGCGAGGGAAGAAACCAACCAGCUUGGGAGAAGUGGUCAAAUGAUGGCACAGAAAGGCAAGUAGCUAAGCUAAUGGAAGAAAAUGUCGGCACUGCCAUGCAGUUCCUUCAAUCAAAAGCACUCUGCAUCAUGCCAAUCUCACUAGCUUCAGCAAUAUACCAGUCACAACCACCAGACACCUCUAGCAUAGUAAAGCCAGAAACUAACCCUCCUUCAUAGACACAUAUAACUAAGUCAUGGGGUUCCCUAGGGAUUCUUGAAUGAUCGCAAGUUUACCACCUCAUGUUUAUACAAACUUACAAUAAAGUCGAUCCUACCACUUCAUUUAAGGGGAAAAGGACAAACAAGUUCCUAAUCUUUUAUCAUGAAGACAAAUAAAUCCUUCACUAAAUUAAACUUCUGUAAAUGGGAGACACGUAAGUCCCUCUAGGGAUGGUUUGAAUUUGUAUAGAGGGACUUAUGUGUCUCCCGUUUACAAAGGCCAAGAACCAAGAACUUAUUCGUAAUUAAAUUUGGUAAGAGAAUUAUUUAUCUUCGGAAUAAAAGGCUAGGGAUUUAUUAUCAUUUUCUCAUAUUUAAGAUAUACUCAUAGUUUAUGGAUCCCCAUCACUGUGUUGUGAGUGUGUGUAAAUAUGAGCCUGUGAACUUAUGCUCAUAUAAGAAUUCUAGGGGGUUUGCCCCCAUCAAGUGGUGCCCCUCGGGCCUACCCUACAUUGCUGGGACCCAAGACCCAAGAGUCAUUUGUCUGUUCCAAAUCCCAUCCUUAAUUUUAGUCAUUGGUUCCAUCAAGUUGCAAUCAAAGUCAGAUGCCAUAGUCUUUUUUUCACCUUUCUUUUACCUUUGUUAAAUACAGGGUUCUAUGUCAAAUGCAUUAAAAAAAUAGAAGCAGGCCCCAUCUUGUCUUGCUAGGUUUUCAAUUAAAGGGAAGAAAAUGUCGAAAGCUUUCUCUUUAUGUUUUUGUAUCCAUGGGUGGGUGUUAGUGGAACAUGAUGGAAGCACUUUUUUAUAGUGGGGGCUUAAUAUUUUUUUGGUUAGUGGGUAGUGGGACCUUGUAAAAGGCUUAGAGUGGUGUGUAUAUUUUAAUUAGUGAUGUAACCUUAGAGAAUUUGAAAAUUGUAGAGAUGAAAUGGAUAAUGAGUUGCUUUAAGAAUGCUGGUUCUUGCAAGUCCAAUAGAAAAUGAUGAUGCUUUUUUGUUUGUGA